AUGGGUACUGCCCGCGCUCAAGAAGCGGAUAAAGUGCCGUCGAAAAUUUGCUACGAUCAUGGAGGCAACGUUCUCAAAUGGGGUUACAUGGUAACACCCAAAGAUAGGCUGCAGGCGCAGUGGUUCAAACUGUUACUCUCAGAAGCUGCGAUGGAGCAAGGCGGGGCCCGAGUCGAGGAAACAAAAAGUCUUCUUCGAAGACUAAACAAAAGUCCCGUUGACGUAGUUGCUGAUUACCUCCGCUGUCUCUGGUUGCAUGCGAUUGAUGUCAUCGAACUUGCGUUGACCAAAAUUGCCGUUGAUAAUAUGACCUUCAGGGUAGUUUUGACAUUGCCUGCAAAUUGGGAUCAUAGUGCACAGGAAUUGACGAAAAAGGCGGCGAUUCAGGCUGGUAUUACGGCGUCAAGAUCGAGGGGUCCCACGAGUUUUAGAACAGUUUCGGAGCCAGAAGCGGCUGCGCUGGCCGCGUGGAAGGAAGCUGGAAUGCGGUGGAGGCCAGAUUUGAAGUUGGAAGACGCAUUUGUUGUGUGUGAUGCAGGUGGAGGCACCGUGGAUCUAAUCAGCUAUACCGUCAAGUCAUUGGAUCCUCUCAAACUUGAGAUGUGUGUUGAGCCUACAGGUGACCUUUGUGGAGCUGUAUACUUGGAUGAAAGAUUUGACUCGACAAUUAGAACUAUCGUGGGUAGUUCUGUCUAUGACAAACUCGACACGGAAAUCAAAGCAAAGGUUUUCGAAAAUGACUGGGAAUUCAGUGGGAAAAGGAAAUACAAUGGCAUUUCGAAGCCCCCAAAUGAAUUCCAAGUCGAUAUCCCUGGGUACAAGCCCAAAAAGCCGGGGCUAUUCGGCAAGAGGCCUAGUAGCACCAUCACUCUGAAAUCAGGCCAUAUGAAUGCAAUAUUUCAGCCAGUUGUUGGGCAGAUUGUGGACUUGGUUCGCACGCAGGUCACAGAGGUUCAAGAUGUAAUGGGAAAAGCGCCAAAGGCUGUGCUUCUAGUGGGUGGAUUCGGCGAAAACAACUUCGUCCUCGACCAAUUAGCGUCGACAUUCUCCCAGGUCCCCAUCCAGCGACCAAUGAAAGCCUGGGGUGCCAUCAGUCGAGGAGCCGUGAUCAAAGGUCUCAGCACAUCAGCAGAAACAGAGACAGUUACAAAUUUCAUCUCAAGCUUGAGUUACGGCGUUUUGCAUGACUCUCACUUCAAUCCCUAUAUACACUCCAGUUUGGAUAAGUAUCGAUGUCCUCUCAAGGGUGCUGAUAUGGCAAGAAAUCAGUUUACUUGGUAUCUAAGACGGGGAGAGAGCGUGAGCAAAUUACAACCAGUCCAGUAUCCAUGGUUGAUGAAUGUCCGAUCACCUUCGGAGCUGUGCGAUAUCCAUGGAACGAUCUGGGUUUCUGGUUUGAAAAUUCCACCUGCGAGGCUUGCUUCAAAUGCGAGAAAGCUUUGUAAGAUCCACUGCAAUUUCGACGAGAGUAUCUUCUUUGAUCUUGAAGAGAAGAGAGCUGCUGAUAGGGGGGCUAUGUACAGAGUGUUGGAUUAUACACUCAAUAUGAAGGUUGCCGCAGGCGAGUUGGAGUGGAACAUUUAUUGGCGGAAUCAGCAGAUAGGCAAGGCGAAGUACGCUAUAAACAGCUACAUUUUCUCGAGCACGUCUCUCUUUGCCGCCGCGGCCUCGCCGAGCUUGCCCCAGUCUCCAAGCGUUAAAGCAAGGUUAGACAUGGACGAGACCGUAUCAGGAUGCUCGUCGCCAAGUAAGUGGCCGUUGGACAGCGAGGGAAUGACAGAGAACCUGGAACUAACAACAUGGAAUUCCUUGGCAUGGUCGAACCUCAGGGUUGUUUGGAUAACACUCAUGGCAAGGUUGACCAUGGCGAGGAUUAAGAGUGCGCGAAACGAGCACAACGAAGCGGAGACCAUCAUACACACGGGUCUUCCUAUUGGAGUGCGAAAUCUUGGUGACAAUCACUUAGGUGUCCUACUCGCACGCACUUGGCUAGCACGGAUCCUCUUCCGACAAAACAGAUACGAAGAGGCAGAGGAGAUCCUCAUCAGUGUAAUUCCACGGCAUAAAUAUGAAGCCUCCCGGCGAGAGAAUGGAGAUCAUGUAGAACAUCUAGAUCGGAUGCAGGCAUUGUGGUUUUUAUUGGAAUGCUACCAGUCACAGGGAAAAAUCGAGGAAGCUAUUCAAAUUGGCGAUGAGCUUUGGGAAGCAGUGCACACCAUUGGUGGAGAAGGAUUAGGUGCGCAACAUGUUUUCUCGAAACAUCUGAAUAAGAAGCGAGAGCAGUUGCUGUUUGAGAGGGGGGGUUCUAGUACGGAAUCGAUAUCAGCACCGAAGCUAGAGCAGUUUGUGUUUGAUAGGGGGGGUUCUAGUACGAAAUCCAUAUCAGCACCUGACGACACUGUUUGCCCCGGCAAAAUAACCAAGAGUCUCACGGCCUGA